AUGCUUCGGGUUAUUGCAGUAAGUUUUCACAAAUACUUUUGAUUUCAAAUAAUUUUCAAAAAUGAAUGUUUAGAAAAGAACUUCGGUUCGAGGAGCUCGUCAACAAUCGACCGCAGCUCCACCACCGCCGCCACCAAAAGCUGCGCCAAAACCAUCAGGUGGAGGUGGGGGUAAACUUGCACUUGUUGGAAUCACUGUUGCUGGAGCUGGUGGAGUUGUUGGAUACGCAUAUGUUGAUCCGGAAUUCCGUAAACAAGUUGAAACCACUGUUCCACCAAUCAAACAAGUUUUUGAUGGAAUUAUUGGACCAGCAAAUCCAAUUGCAUCAAAACCACAAAUCCAAAAUGUGUCGGCUGUGAAGAAGGUUGAGAAGGUUUUGCCACCAUUGGAACUUGCACCAUUGCCACCAAUUGAGAGAAAAUCAAAUGUUCAUAUUGAACCAGUUGAUGUUAAGAAGCAAUCUUAUACUCCAGCUACUCCGCCAUCGGCUCAACUUGUUGAACAGAAAAAUAGACGUAAGUUUUUUCUAAGAAUUGUUUUGAAAAUACAGAGAGAGAGCUCUACAUACAAAAUUUUAUCUACUGCACGAAUAAUUUUUCAUAAAUUGAUCACACCGAAUUUGAAAACUCAAUCUUGAACAAUUAUCAUUUCGAAAUCAGUUGAAACUAAACACUUAUUCUCAAAAAUUAUGUACAAUGUCUCAUUUCAGAACUCGAAGAUCGUCUCAAAUCUGCAAUUCACUCAGCCGAAGGAAGAGUUCGCGCUGCAACUGAAAGCAAACUUCGCACAAUCAAUGCGAUCAAUGAUCAUGCCUCAAUUUUGAAGCAAACUGUUGAUGAUGCCAAAAACGCCAACUGGGAAAAUGUUACAUCCGCGCUUCGCAAAGCUGAAGAUGAAGCUAAAAUUGACAGUGGAUUCGAAGUUGAUGGUCGUAAUUAUAUCGACACUUUGAGACAGGUUUGUAUUAUUUUUUUAAAGCUUGUUUUAGAUGAUGAAGGCCUUCAAAAAAUUAUCCUUAUCCUAAUUUUUCCGUAUCAACACGAUUGUUUUAGAUUGUCAAACAAGGAAAAACUGAUCCAAUCACUGCUAGUAACCCACUUCUUCUUAAUGCUCAAGAAACUGCCAACAAACUUGAUUACCAACUCGAUGAGAUCAAUUCACUUGUCAAUAAAUCUCGCCAAGAAUCAUCUGUUCUCAAUCAAUACAAAGAUUUGAUUGAAAAAUCUCGUCAACAAUUUGCAUUGGAAAUGAAAAGCAUUUUGCCAAAUGUUGAUAUCAGUGCCAAGGAUAAGAAUUUGAAUGAGGAUGAAUUGAACGCGUUGAUUGCUCAUGCUCAUUUGAAGGUUGAUCAAUUGAGAAGACAACUCACUGAACAACAAGUCAGAGAAGAGCAACACAUUGCUCAAGCUCUCGAAAAUCAACGACAUGUUGAUGAGAGAAUUUCAGCUGAUAAAUUGAAUCUUGAAUUGAAUAGAGUUGCUAGACAAAGAGAAGUUGAUAUUGAACAAGCUGUUAGUUUAUUUUUUUUUGAUUUUUAAUCAUUAUCGAAAUUUUUUGUUCAGGUUCUUCAAAGCCGUUCAUCAUGGAACAAUGAAUUGGAAGAUCAAUUAAAACGUACAACCCAUGCUCAUUCUGAACAUUUAGAACAAGUUAUUAGAACUCAACGUCAACUUUUCGAAAUUGAACAAAACCAAAAAAUUGAAGAAGCUGUUGGAAAAGAACGUGACCUUCAUAGUGCUCAAAUCGGUGCUGCAAUCAGUAGAUUAGAUGGUAUCGAAGAAGUUUUGGGAAGCAGAAUCGCUUUGGAUAACGAGAAUCGUCGCACAAAACAAUUCUGGAUUGCUUGCCAUAAUUUGUUAGACACAAUUCGAUAUGGAAAUAAGGCUGGAAAUGAUAUUGAUUCAAGAAGAUUAUCAUUGAAGGAAUCUUUGAAUUUGCUGAAAGAGGUAACUAUUUUUCUUGUGGAAAUUGAACGAAAACAAUAAAUUUGGUAUUCAGGUAAACCCAGAAGAUGAAUUUGUAAACGCGGUUAUUGCGUCAUUCCCUCAACAAGCGGUAACAAGUGGAACAUAUACUGAACAAGAUUUAAAAAAUCGUUUCGAGAAGCUUUACAAAGUCGGUCGUCAAACAUCGACAAUCGAUGAAAAUGGUGGAUCUUUGGGUUCAUAUUUCUGGUCAUAUGUGAGAUCUUUGUUUUUGGUUGAUUUGCCAAGACAAUAUGCUGAUAAUGAACCAAUUGAUGUGAAUAAUAUUGGAAAUAUUGAUGUGAGUUUUUAAUAGGGAUUUGAGUAAUGUUUGAAAAAAUGAGACACUUUUUUUGUGGGAAUAUUUAGUUGCUUUCCUUUUAUAAAUUCAAAUUUUCAGGUACUCGCACGCGCCAGAUAUUAUGUUAGAAAUGGAGAUUUUGAUAAAGCCAUCCGCAUCAUUCAAUUAUUGAAAGGUCAACCAGCAAAUCUUGCAAGAGACUGGGUUGUUGAUGUUCGUGCUUCAUUAGAAUCUCAACUUCUCGUCGAACUUCUUGUUGCUCACGCUGCAGUUACUUCAAUACGAUCGACCUAUUAA